AUGUUCUCGACGAACCCAGACGGGUUUUGGAUCACGUUCGUGGGACAAACCAUCGUUGGCGCAUCGCAGAUGUUCACUCUUGGCAUUCCACCCCGACUGGCAGCCGUCUGGUUCGGACCUAAUGAAGUUUCUACCGCUUGCGCAGCUGGUGUCUUUGGAAAUCAGUUGGGUAUCGCUGCCGGAUUCCUCAUUCCACCGCUUAUCGUCAGAAACGGCACCCAAGAGGAAGUCUCCACUCGACUCACCUAUCUAUUCUUGUGCUCAGCCUUACUGAAUACUGCCAUUUUCGCUAUGAUCGUCUGCUCAUCAAAAGAUGAAGAGCUUUUAGUUUUCUCGGCCCGACCGCCUACUCCACCAAGUCUGGCUCAGAUCACGGCACAAGAAGAAAAAGCUCUCGAUAGCAAUUUCUGGCGAACACUGGCAAAACUCAUGCUCAGCAAGGAUUUCGUGCUGUUGUUCGUGACAUACGCAGUUGUUUAG